CGCGACCCGGCCCGCGGAGCCGGCGCCAGCGGGCUGCUGAGGUGGCUGUCGCCGGCUCGGAGCUGCGGCUUCCCCGGGCCGAGCCCCCGAUGGAGGCCGAGGCCGCGGAUGGCCCCCCGGGCGGGGUCGAGGCGGCGCUCAGCUGCUUCUCUUUCAACCAGGACUGCACAUCCCUAGCAAUUGGAACCAAAGCCGGUUAUAAGCUGUUUUCUUUGAGUUCUGUGGAGCAACUGGACCAAGUCCAUGGAAGCAACGAAAUCCCGGAUGUCUACAUCGUGGAGCGCCUCUUCUCCAGCAGUCUGGUCGUGGUGGUCAGUCACACAAAGCCGCGGCAGAUGAACGUCUAUCACUUCAAGAAAGGCACGGAGAUCUGUAAUUACAACUAUUCCAGCAACAUCUUGUCCAUAAGGCUGAACCGGCAGAGGCUGCUGGUGUGCCUGGAGGAGGCCAUCUACAUCCACAACAUCAAAGACAUGAAGCUCUUGAAGACCAUCCUGGAUAUUCCUGCCAACCCAGCAGGUCUCUGUGCCCUCUCUAUCAACCAUUCCAAUUCUUACGUGGCCUAUCCUGGAAGCCUGACCACAGGCGAGAUUGUGCUUUACGACGGACACUCCCUGAAAACGGUCUGCACGAUUGCUGCCCACGAGGGGACGCUGGCCGCCAUCACCUUCAAUGCCUCGGGCUCCAAACUAGCGAGCGCAUCUGAAAAAGGCACCGUCAUCCGGGUGUUCUCUGUACCCGACGGGCGAAAGCUCUACGAGUUUCGGAGAGGAAUGAAAAGGUACGUGACGAUCAGCUCCCUAGUUUUUAGUAUGGACUCACAGUUCCUCUGCGCCUCAAGCAACACCGAGACCGUGCACAUCUUCAAGCUGGAGCACCUCACCAACAGCCGACCCGAGGAGCCCUCCACCUGGACUGGCUACAUGGGAAAGAUGUUCAUGGCCGCUUCCAACUACCUCCCCGCCCAGGUGUCCGACAUGAUGAACCAGGACAGGGCCUUUGCCACCGGGCGCUUACACUUCUCUGGGCAGAGGAACAUCUGCACCCUCUCCACGAUCCAGAAACUGCCAAGACUCCUGGUCGCGUCUUCCGAUGGACACCUUUACAUCUACAAUUUGGACCCUCAGGACGGAGGAGAAUGUGUCUUAAUCAAGACCCACAGCUUGCUUAGCUCAGGAACAACAGAAGAAAACAAAGAAAAUGACCUCAGACCUCCAUUACCUCAGUCUUAUGCAGCGACCGUGGCCAGACCAAGCACGUCUUCUGCCUCUACCGUGCCAGGUUAUUCGGAGGACGGCGGGGCCCUCCGAGGAGAGGUUAUUCCUGAACAUGAGUUUGCGACGGGACCAGUAUGCCUUGACGACGAGAAUGAAUUUCCCCCUGCUCCUAAGGAUGUUCUUGUGGAAUCCUGCCACCUUUUUGCUAACGACGAUGCUCUAGCGGGGCUGGGCCGCUGCUCUCUGCAAGCCAGCCGGACCCUCACCCUCCUCCGGCGCUGAUUAUCUUGUGCCGUGGAAGUCAGAAGGGCAAAACGAAGCAGUCAUGAUGAGAAGCGCACCUCAGAAAGCAGGACACCCCCUGUCAGGUGGUUGUGGAGAAAACAAGAAAGGUGGAAGAAUGGAGUACAAUUGUGUGCGCAGGAAGGGGGGCAGGAAUCCCAGGUGCCGCCUGCUUAAGCCACGGGACGCGGUCCACUGCUCACCAAACCCUCCUCCGCCCCGGUUGCCAGCAGGCAUGGGAGAGACUAUAUGAAAUAUGUUACAGCCAUCGCGUCGAUGCUCACUAACCACGUUGGUCUAUAGCCGGAACUUUAUAUGAACAAGGGCAUCCUUUUUAAAUGUAUGCCAUGUAAAAAUGUACGUAGAGGAAAACCUCUUUGAAUUGUAUUUCUUGUGUAUGACAUAUAGAGAGACUGCUUUUAGCCAGGCAAAGUAUUUUUGCAGUGAUUGGAAUGAAUCAUUUAUUACCUUGGAGUCCCAUUUAGGACACUUAUAAUAAAAUCAUGGCAAUGUGUUCUUGA